UCUUGUGGAACCUUUUGUUAGCCGGUUACAUCUUCGGAUGCAUUUCGAGGUUGCGCCAAGCUUACUUCCGCCUGUCAUUCAACGAGACGAUAGCACGACAACCUGCCUCUCCUCAGCUCUUUAACACACAGGGAGCUGGAUUUUGUGACCAGACAUCAUGACACUGUUUCACUUCGGGAACUGCUUUGCCUUGGCCUAUUUCCCCUACUUCAUAACGUACAAGUGUAGUGGCCUUUCAGAGUACAAUGCCUUCUGGAGAUGUGUCCAGGCUGGAGCCACCUACCUGUUUGUCCAGCUCUGUAAGAUGCUGUUCCUAGCAACAUUUUUCCCCACAUGGGAAGGAGGAGCCGGAGUUUAUGACUUUGUAGGGGAAUUUAUGAAGGCAACAGUGGACCUGGCAGACCUGUUGGGUCUCCAUCUUGUGAUGUCUCGUAAUGCUGGAAAAGGAGAGUACAAGAUCAUGGUGGCUGCCAUGGGCUGGGCUACAGCAGAACUUGUGAUGUCCAGGUGCCUUCCUCUGUGGGUGGGAGCCAGAGGGAUUGAAUUUGACUGGAAGUACAUCCAGAUGAGCUUUGACUCCAACAUUAGUUUGGUCCAUUAUAUUGCCAUGGCAGCCGUGGUGUGGAUGUUCACACGAUAUGACCUCCCUAAGAGCUUCAGGCUUCCUGUCACUGUGCUGCUGGCUCUCUGUGUCUACAAGGCCUUUCUCAUGGAGCUCUUCGUCCAUGUCUUCCUGUUGGGCAGCUGGACAGUGUUGCUGGUGAAAGCGGUGUUGACUGGCGCCAUCUCUCUCUGCUCACUGUUUCUCUUCGUCACUCUGGUCCACAGCAACUAAGUCAAACUCAGCACCUGAGAUAGACCUUCAACUGUUUGGACCCAGGUUUGCAUAAAUCAGAAGCUGACUCCUGAUACCUUUUGAGUCUGAGUAUCACCGUACAACACCAAGGACUACUGAAAAAUGCUGGUUGAUGAUGUGCAACUGGACUGGUCUUACGUAAGAACAAGGGAGAAGCUGAUGAUUAACAAGGUAACAAGUUUUUCCAGUUUGUUUAGAUGCGUCUGAAUGAACCAUUGACGGAAAACACGCACCCAAACCAGUUAAAGCUGCAGGUUGUGUGGGGACAUCAGGAAGCGUCUGUGAUGUGACUGACUUUCCUAAGCUGUUUUUUUUUUAAAGAUGAAUUUUUGUAUCCAAAUGACCACAAAUAAUUCUAACAUCAUUAUUUUCUAUGUGUUGUCCAAUGAGCCAGUGUAAAUGCUUAAUAGUAAUGCUUAAAAGUAUAAUUAUAAUUAAUAAAUGACAAUGAUAGUUCCGUGAUAGUUCAGUAUGUGGCCACCAAUUUAUCAAUUUAUUUAUAUAUAGAUAGUUAAAACAUAACUGUAGCAAGAUUUUUCUAAUUCUUGAGGAAAUUAUGUUAAAUAUUUAAAGUUUAACCUAAAAAAAAGGCCCAAAAUGUGAAUAUACUGUGGCAGCAUAAUGACCACAUUAUGUUGAAUUGUUACAUCUGUGAUUUUGACAUUAAAGUAAUAAAUAUA